UAUAUUAACAUUCAGCGUGAUUAAUAUGUUGUGAUUAAAUGUUCAACCAUUUGGGAACCGUAGUAGCAAUACGAUAAAAUCGAAUAUUUCUAACGCUUCAUGGAAUUACCUAGUGAUUGUUCUGGAACAAAGGAAAAGUAGAAAUAAAGCAGCAUCACGUGUAAGCAACUAACUGCCAGCAAUGGGGAAGAAGAAACCAGUUCCCGAAGAGGAUCUUAUUAUACCACCACAAAACUCCCAGAUAUGUGGUGUGAUAUGUGUGUGUCAGCUAACAUUCGUGUUGAGUACGGUAGCCAUCGUCUAUCUAACCGUAGCCAUCUACAUGCCAUCGUCCCGGGUAAUGAAAAGUGGAAUCGAUGAGACCCCAGUAAUGUGCACGACCACAAAAGCCCUCAACAAAGAUGCAUGUGAGUGGGGCUCUUGUGGAGAAUGGUGCCUCAGCAAGACAUCGGGGGCUUGUAUUCAGAUCUUUGUCCACCUUCGUACCAAUGGAAGCAGUCUAACAUUCCAGAAUUGUACCAAUUCUGCCAAUAAAACAUGCUAUGGCAUAGACCAAGAGAACGCUAAAAAGGCCCGUUGCAUAGCAGACGAGUGCAAGAACCUGACCGGGACGUUCAACUGCACUACUGGUAUGUGCAUCAACAUUACGGAUGCAUUCGAAUGCGUGUUCAAGAACACCGACAGUCCCCUGAAGUGUUCAGGCCGGCGCGGUAAAAUCACUUGCAUCGAUAUAAACGGGUUGUUCUCAUGCAGUCGUGGAACAUGUCGAAAGAUAAGAACUCCAUACAAUUGCGACCGCCGUUGUGUGGAUAUUCCGACCAGGAAUAAGAAUAUGAUAUUAUUGAGUGGAGAUAAAGUUUAUCUUUCGCAAUGUUCAAACGCGAUUGAUACGGUAACAAACAGCGAAGUGUGGAACGAAGGGGACAACAAAGUUAUAAUGGCUUCCUGCUACACGAUUCAGAAUACAAGCAAUGGCAUCCAGGCUACGGAUUGCGUUAACGGAUCGCUUCUUGAAAAAGAAGAACUAACAGAUCUUACCAACUUCACCUAUCUUAGCUAUCUGCACUAUGCUGUAUCCACGCCAAUUAAAACUAUUGCUCCUUUGGAACAGGACUUGACUAUAUCGAACGAGUCUAAGCUGAUGAUUAACUUGGAAGGCUGCGUGAACACACUCCAGGAUGAGUGCAAGGAUUUCCUCAAAGAGUACGGCAAGGAUGGCACUGAUCACAACGCUCGUGCACGGUUCCCUUGUUUCUAUUCCACUAAUAAGCCUGACAUGGUAGUUGCCCGCUUCGAUAUGGAAACAUCGUACAAACAGUUCAUGGUUGGAUUCUUCGUACCAACCAUUCUAUUUGGUGUGUCCUGUCUAACGUUGAUAUUCUGCCAGAAAACUAUACACAUUGGCGACGAUGCGAGAAUGCGUUUCGUCGGUUGUGCUAACAAGGAAGCCCUAUCGGCCAACGGCGGUGCCAACAAUAAAGCCAACUCUGGUGAUGGCGGUGGAGGCGGCGACUCAGUAAUGGCUCUCUGAGAUCCAUCACGCAUUCCUCUACUGCAAGAAGACAGUCCAGUUCAUCAAUCGGGUGUAUUUUCACUUCACUGAGUCGCGUCAGAAGUUCAAUUUCUUCUUCAAUUACUACUUUCGAUCGAACCGAAAAAGUCGAUUAUUUUUCUCGUCUUC